AUGGCUGCUGCUGCUGAAAAGAGGAUGAAGAAUGUGGUGGUGGAGAAGAAUGGUGGGGGUGGGGGUGGGCGUGGGGGUGGGAGUGGGGUGGUGAAGGGUGAGGAUAAAAGUGUGAAUUUGGUUAAGGUUGAGUAUAAAAAUGUGAACUUGGUGAAGGGUGAGGAGAAAAAUGUGAAUUUGGUUAAGGGUGAGGAGAAACAUGUGAGCUUGGUGAAGGGGGAAGAGCUUUCGGUUGCAGAGGCUAAUGAGUUAUUUUCAAUGAUCUUUGGUUGUGAAGUUACCAAAGAUAUUCUUGUUGCAUACGGAAAAGCUGAAGAUGGGACUAAAUAUUGGCUGAUCAAGAAUUCUUGUGGUACUAGUUGGGGUGAAAAUGGAUAUAUAAGGAUGGAAAGGGACGACAUUGAUGCUAAAGAAGGGCUGUGGUGGAUUACCAUGGAUGCUUCUUAUCCAACUGCUUAA